UUUUUCAGCGUGUUUCCUGACUCCUGAACUUUAUGGCUUCCUCCCCUUUUCCCCAACAAGGAGUUCUCCCUCUAAGCUUUCAAAAAUCUAAAGCACUGUGAUCCUUCUUAAUCCUCGGGAUUCUUUAUUUAGGAAAUUAAUGUUAUCGUCACAUUGUCUGGCUGGCAGUUAUCUCCCAGCUGUGGUCUUGAGUUGCACUGCUUUGCGUUUGAGUAGUAGCAGCAUACUAGCAUUCUUGUCUAUGUGUGACUUGAUCUGCCUUUGGGACAGAGAACACCAGAAACUUGGCAGUGCUGGGUUAAAAGCUGCAUUGUGUCUGCUGGUUAUCUAAAUCACCACAGUGCAAGCGAGAAAUAACACUGACAGCAGGAACAUGGCAACCGAAGGAGCUAGUGGUUUGCAAGUUCUCCUUUCUACACUACAGGACUCUUGUGAAAAAGAUGUAACCCUAAAUAUACUCAGUGUAUUAAGUGAAUUACUGUCUGCUGGAACUCAUAAGCGAAUUCAUUACAUGAUCUCCAAGGGAGGCAGUGAAGCAUUACUUCAGACUUUAGUAAACUUGGCAAGCUCAGCUUCCCUUGAUUACACUCUCCUGUUACCUUUGCUCAGACUGUUGGUCAAAGUUGGUCAGAGAGAUUUAAAGUUUGGAGAAAAGGCGCAAAAAAAGGAAGCUACAGAUAUUACAUUAACCUUGGCAAGAAAGAAUCUAACUAAAUUUGAGAACCUUACUCCUUGUCUGUGGGCACUGCAAGUCUUUGCUUCCAAUGUUCCUACAGGUGCAGUGCUGGGUAUAAAUGGAGCUAUGGAGUUGAUUUUUAAGGUCAUUACCCCAUACACCACGAGACAUACUCAAACAAUCAAGGCAGCAAUUGAAGCACUUGCAGCUCUGCUAAAGUCAAAAUCAAACUGCAGAAGAGCAGUGAACAGGGGCUAUGUGCACGGACUCUUGCAGCUCUACAAAGAGUGGCACUUGUGCGACUCCACCAACAGCUUCAUCAGUAUUCGGAGAGGCCUGCUGAGGUGUCUUAAACACAUAACCAACGUGCAGUCAGGCCGGGACGCCUUCCUGCAAGCCAGGGGAAUGGAAAUUCUUUUUACUACAGCACAAGAAUGUUUACCUUGCAAAAGCCUUGAUUUCCUGGUGAGUGCUGCAGUUCAAGUUAUGAGAAAAUGUUUUCCAAAAUGCCCUCUUUCAUUGGACUCUAUACAUAGUUCAUAUACAUUUCCAAUUCCUAAAACAACUAUAUCUGAAACACCAACAAAAACAUGCUCAUCAGAAGUUGAUUCUGAAGAUGAAGAAGAAGAUGCAGACAAAGAACUUGGAACUUCUGAUCAAGAUAAUAAAGAUGAAGAUGAAGACUUGGAAACUGAUCUAAAUAUAUUAAAGUCAAAGCCUAAACCUGACCGAGAUGAGAAGGAAUUUGAGCAGUACAAGGCUUUCUGCUCUGAACUCUUUCAUAAUUUUCAGGACUUGGAAUUCGAUACCGAAGAAGACCCAAAUGCUACAAGUUCCCUGCAUGAUAACUCACAUAUCAUUCCUCUGACUGAUGAACCUUUUGAGAAAAUGGAUGGAUAUACAGUUGCAGAAGCCUUUCCUCCGUUGGCCAAUACAGAGAUCUAUAAGCUGAAUAAAACACCAAAUGGAACUUGUCUACCGGAAGCUGAUUAUAAGAGCAAAACUGAGAAAACAAAUAUUGAAAGAAAUUGUAUUAGGAAUGUAGCAACCUCAUGUUCAUCCUCUGCAAUACGAACAGAGCUCACCUCAAUUUCAUGUCAGUGUAUUAAGUCGUCCAAGGAGAGACCAAGCAAUGUUGGUGAAUCUGAGAAGCUCAACAUAGUGAACGAGCUUUUGUCUAAACACAGUGGGAAUAUUCCUUUCCAUGAUCCUAAAAUGUAUAUGGCCAUGGCUGGGAAAACUAAAUCUGUUCCUGAUUACAAAGUUUUGGCAUUUCCAGACUUCUGGGGUCACAGUUCACCACCCUAUUCUCAAAUUUUAUUGGAUAAGAAGUUUGGAUCACAGAGGAGCAAAGUCUUUGAAGAUAUAAAACGCUAUCUGAAGCCUGGUGAACUUCUUAACAGAGUUGUAUUUGACCUGGAUAAUCCAAGUGUUUCAGAAAGUUGCGAGGAGAUAGAAUGUUUGAAGUUCUAUUCAAGAUUUGAGUCAGGAAACCUUCAUAAAGUUAUCCAUGUGAGAGAGUAUGAAUAUGACUUGAUUAUGAAUGCCGAUGUUAAUACUGAUGAGCAUCACCAGUGGUUCUACUUUGAAGUCAGUGCAAUGAAAGCCAAUGUUCCUUAUCGCUUCAAUGUCAUUAACUGUGAAAAGGUUAACAGCCAGUUUAAUUAUGGAAUGCAACCUGUAAUGUAUUCAGUUAAAGAGGCACUUAAUGGGAAAAUGCACUGGUUAAGGACUGGCUAUGAUAUCAGUUAUUACAAAAACGAGUUUUGUUAUCGAGCAUCUGAUGGAAAGAAAAGGAGAUUUUACACACUUACUUUCACUAUAAAAUUUCCACAUAAUGAAGAUGUCUGCUACUUGGCUUACCAUUAUCCAUAUACUUACUCUACACUUAUGUCCCACUUACAACUAUUAGAAGAAAAGCACAAUUCCAAGAAGAUAUACUACAAGCAACAGACUCUGUGUCAAACAUUGGGGGGAAAUCCAUGUCCGGUGAUCACCAUCACAGCAAUGCCACAAUCCAAAAAUAAGAACCACAUUGAUGAUAUUCGCAAUCGUCAUUAUCUGGUGCUUACAGCCCGCGUACAUCCUGGUGAAAGUAAUUCAAGUUGGGUAAUGAAGGGAACCCUUGAGUUUUUGACAAGCAGUGACCCAGUUGCUGAAAUCCUGAGGGAAAUGUUUGUGUUCAAGAUCAUCCCAAUGCUUAACCCAGAUGGGGUCAUCAAUGGAAAUCAUAGAUGCUCACUUAAUGGUGAAGAUUUGAACAGACAGUGGGUCUCACCAAAGCCUAAUCUACAACCAACUAUUUACCACAUCAAAGGACUUUUAUACUAUCUGUACAGCAUUAAUAAGGCACCACUGGUAUUCUGUGACUACCACGGGCAUUCUCAGAAGAAAAAUGUAUUUGUCUAUGGAUGCAGCAUCAAGGAGACCCUUUGGCAAGCUGGCUGUGUUGUUGAUUCUGCUACACUCCUGGAGGAUGUUGGGUACAGGGCCUUACCCAAAAUCCUUAAUAAAAUUGCCCCAGCAUUCUCAAUGGCCAACUGUAGUUUUGUAGUGGAAAAAGCAAGAGAAUCAACAGCUCGUGUUGUGGUAUGGAGAGAGAUUGGUGUUUUGAGAAGCUAUACAAUGGAGAGUACUUAUUGCGGCUUCAAUCAAGGCUCAUACAAGGGACUACAGGUGGGAACAAAAGAGCUGGAAGAAAUGGGAGCAAAAUUCUGUCUAGGACUUCUAAUACUGCAAACCAAAUGUCAUUACAACAAAGCCAUGCUUCCACAAGUAGAAGCUUUGCUGGAAGCAGAGAGAGAGAAUACAGAACAUCAGAGAACCAGCACAACUGAAAUUGAUGAUGAGCCUCCAUGUGCAGAACAAAUUGACUACAACUCUGACAGUUGUUCAGAUCAGGAAGUGGAGUCAUCUGAUUUAGAUUCUACAAAAAAACUGAGAUUUUCAGAGUAUGGUGACUACACAGAGGAAGAUACACCUACCAGCUCUGAAUUGCACGGUGAAGAAUGUUUUGCCUCCAGAAAAAGUAAAGAUUGCUUGAGAACAUCAAUCUCAUUUCCAACUAAGCAAGAUAGCUGCUCUCCAGAGACCAAAGGCUCACACUGCGAACAAAACUGUGACUUCUCUGCCAACUCUCAAAUGGGACACUGUCUUUAUUAGUUGUAAUAUGUAUGUAUGUAUUUAUGAUGAAGCCAGAAAGAUUUACUAAGAUAUUAUAUUCAAAAUAUUAUUUUUGAUAAUUAUAAUUUUGUUUGUCUCUUAGCUUAGUGUUACAUUUUAAAAGGGUAAAUGUUCUUCCAACUAUAAACAUGAUACACCUAAAUGACAUAUAUAAAAUAAAGUUGCUUUUAUCAUAUAAUGGAAAAAAAAAGAAAAGAAACCAAGUUGACCCACCUAGAAAAACUUAAAUCCAAAACAUAAUUUAUAUUUCUGUUGGCUCUAAAGAAAGGUCCCUCAUGUGACCCCCUCUCUGAAGGCCCAAUUAUCAGAAGCUCACUGGCAUGGAAACAAGUCACAAAAAAAUGUUGUUUUUUGUUUUUGUUAGCAAUAUAUUACCAUAUAUGUGUCUCUCCUUCACACACAGAACACUACAUAGCAAGAUAAACAGUUCUCAAGCUAAAAUGAGCAUUUCUGAAAUUAUUUGAGUGACAAUGUACAUUAUACAUUAUUAUAUGGAAAAUUAUUUUUAAUUAAAUUGCUUUCAUAUCGUG